CAAAUAUGAGAUUCUUUGAAAAAUUCACUUCACUUGUGACAGGGAUAGAAUUUAAUGCUUGUUUUCCUGCGAUUUUACCCUGAUCCGAAAUUAUAUACAUUUUUGUUCGAAGACUUAAAAGAUUUUGACGAAGGGCCAACAUACAUGUUUUGUAAAUUGUGUGUAGAAAAAUGUUUUACGGCUGCACUUUUCUCGCGCCGCCGUCACUUUUCAACUUCCAAGUUGAUUUAGUUUUAUCCAGUAGGGAAACGAAUUACCACUAGUUGAGCGCCAAUUGAUUUAAUAUUCGUCGCCGGGUGGCUGCCGUCUUCUCGUUGAUGCUGUUGGGUGAGAAGGUGCCACUUGCUGGGCCACGUAGUUUUGGGGAAGACUGAAAAUGGUUGCCGCCCUGAAUGAGGGUGCCGCUUGCUGGUCCACUUAGCUUCGGGAAGAUUGAUACUGUAGAGUAUCUGUGUGUUGCCAAUUAAGGUUUACGGUGAGAGGGUAACUGCCCUCCUAUGCCCCUGGCGUUCAGCUCAGUAAGCGUUUUGAAAAUAUAAGAACGGCGAUGGCCGGAUUAAUGUUUAUGAGCAAUAGCUCUUUAUUUAAGUAAAUUUAAAACAAGACUGAAUAUAAGGAUUUGGCUUAUAGCUAACAGAAGCUCACAGCGGCCACGAAAACAUGCUGUGUUUGCCGUCUGUACACGAGCUUCCGGCCAGUCGCUAGAUCAGCAAUUUGGCAGGAGCGAUAUUGUUGACUUAACUGUGGUUAAAGACUCAGUUUGGGUGACCACAGUUAACUUGUACAAUUAUAUUGCAUUCAAUAUUACCUUCCAAUAGUCGAGAGUAUAUUUCACUACAUGUCAUUAAACAUUUAAUAAAAUUAAAAUAAUGCGACACAAAACCAAUUUUACCUACACGUUGUCCUCAAUAGAGCUGCAAAAAAAUCGAUGGUACUAUCGAUAAUAUCGAUGGCUGGCCGCCGGUGACCGUCUCCGAUAUUUUUCAGACUAUCACGAUAGUAUUACAAAAAAUUUUCAUCACUUGGAUUUCGAAGAAUUAAGAAGGUAAACACGUUUGGAUGCGAAAAAUUAAAUAUUUACUAAUUUUUUUUUUGUUUUCGACAGCAAUAUUCAAAUUUUGGUGGUUUCGGUGGUUCCUUAAAAAUGGAUGGCGAGGGAAAAAAUGGAGACAAGGAUGUGGAGCAGACAGCAUCGAAAGGUAUUGAAGAAGUGGGCAAGGCGCAAGAGAAAUCUUUGAAAAAGUUGAGCCGACUGGCAAGUUCGGUGUGGGAUCUCUUUGAGAAAACAAAAGAUGGUAGACAAGCAAAAUGCCGAAUUUGUAAAAAAGUUUACAAAACUAGCGGAAACACUAGCAACCUUGCUGACCAUUUAAGGAGAUUCCACCCAACUCACAGCCAGUACAAGGCCACACAACCGACAAUAAAGACAUUGUUUACUAACGAUGAGUACGACAGCAAUUCGGUCCGAAAAGCAAGUCUUGAUAUGGCGUUGAUGGGCAUGAUUGCUAAGGACAUACAACCUUUUUCUAUUGUGGAGGACGAAGGGUUUAGGAAGUUUGUCAAGCUGUUAGAUCCGCGCUACAAAUUGCCGUCACGCACAACGCUACAGGACGUGAAAAUGAAAAACAUGUACAUAGAGCUCAGUGAAAAACUACAGUUGAUGCUUGACAAAGUCGAUCAGUGUGCGAUUACAACGGACUGCUGGACAAGCAAAGCCAACACUGGUCAUUUGACCAUAACUGUUCACUUCAUUGACGGAAACUUCCAGCUAAAUUCGGCAGUAUUGGCAACACAGCCACUCCUAUGUGCAACAAAUCAUUCUGCUGACAAUAUCGCAUCAUCAUUGCGCGCAGAACUGAUAAAAUGGAAUCUGUUGCCAAAAGUUUGCGCAAUAGUUUUAUCCGUAACUAUGCUAGCAACAUGGUGAAGGCAUGUGAACUUCUUGAGAAAAGACAUCUUCCGUGCUAUGCUCAUGUCCUUAACCUGGUUAUACAAGACUGCCUUGCUAUAAAAGAGAUUCAUACAGUGUUAGCUAAAUGCAAGCGAAUAGUGACCUUUUUUAAAAGCAGCACAAUUGCCUAUGAAAAAUUCAAAAUAGCUCAAGGUCUCGGCAAGCCAUACAGCCUGAAACAGGAGGUAUGCACACGCUGGAACAGCGCUUUCCAAAUGGUCGAGCGCAUACUCUUAACCAAAGAGUUUAUUUCACCAAUGCUGCUUAGCUUGUCCAAGGCGCCGGAGCCGCUGGCAGCAGACGAUGUUACUUUAUUGGAGGAUUUGAAAGACCUGCUGGCUCCGUUUGAUGAAGUAACGAAGCAAUUGUCUUCGAGCACAAAAGUGACUGUGUCCAGUGUAAUUCCCAUUUCAAAUGGACUUGUCCAAAGUCUAAAUGAAAAAUGCGACCAGUUAAGGACAGCAGAAGGGAAAACACUGUGCCACCUUUUAAUAGAGAAGUGUAAAAAACGACUAUUUCCUUAUGAAGAACGGUCCUUCACACGCUUGGCUAAAAUUUUGGACCCUCGAUUUAAAAAAGAGGGUUUCCGGUCUCAUUUUAAUGCAAGCAAGCCGUUUCUCUCCUCGAGAAAACAAUUUCAUCUCUCCCUCAAGCCAAUAAGGAACCCACUUUCACUCCGGAACCACCAAAACAAAAAACGUCGCUACUUCAUUUUGUGAAACAAAAUAUUGAUUUGAAGCAAAGAUCUAAUAAAGUUGAGUCAAUCAUACAGCUAAGGCAGUAUUUCGAACGCAUGAACUUAGAAGAAACUCAUGAUCCUUUAGAAUAUUGGAAGCAACAUGAACAAGAGAUGCCCCAACUGGCUAUAAGCGCAAAGCAGGGACUGUGCAUUCCCGCAACUUCCACGGAAUCUGAACGAAUGUUUUCCAAGGCGGGCCUUACUAUAUCCGAUCGACGGGCAUCGUUAAAACCAAAGACUGUUAAUAUUCUUUUGUUUAUAAACAAAAACUGGUUCCUUACAAAGGAAAAGUAUUAGAAUUAAUCCUACCAAAGCUAUUAAAGAAAAGGUCUCACUUAAAUUUAAACAAAUUAAACUAAUUGUGUUUUUAAUUGUAAAUAAUUGAAAAUUAAAAUUUUCCUAAUUACACUAUUUUUAAUAAAUAAUUGCCUAAAGGAAUGCCCCUAUUAUAUUGGUUUUACAUGAAUACCCCUAAUGUUUACAUCUGGGCGAUAUUAUCGCGAUAGUAUCGAUGUUUACUCCGCAAAAAUUCAAAACUAUCGAUGGUGCUACUAUCGAUU